AUGCGCCUCAUUCACCGCUUGCUUCUAUUCUCGAUCUUUCUGGCGUACGUGGAUUCGAACACCAAGCUGAACCUUCAGAAUCAAGGAGAAGUCGAAGAAGAAGAGGAGGACGCGGAAGGGGAAGACGGACCCCACGGGAAGGAUGUGUACUCGUUCCUUGCGAGUCGGAUGAACCAAGAUCUCGGGCUGAAGAAGCAGAAGAAAGCAAGCAUUUACAAGAUUCCAGGCGAGUUUUGAAGCUGAUUCCAAAUGAAUUCUGUCUUUCAGGUCCACAAGAACCGCUCCCCGGCCGAUCGCACGAUGGAGACUAUUGGCCAGUGUUCCCAUUCCAGAAUCAGUUCUCCGGAGGUGUCGAUCUCGAUCCCUCAACUUCCAGAGUAAGUACUUGCAUAGUCCUUUUGUAAAACUUCUUGUUCUCAGCACAUCGGAGGAGACAUGAACUUUGCCGUACCAUCGUGGGGAAUGCUUGACAUCUACGGUCGUUUCUACAACAGAGUCCAAGACACUUCAACCAAGUUCGGAUACCUCAAUCAUCCGGUCAACAUGCUCGAUUUGGAGAAGGAGGACUUUGUGAAGUUGAUGAGUGAUCCAGCGAUGCAAGCAAACAGAAGUGAGUGGAAACCCAGAUUCAAGUGUGAAAUGAUCAUUUGCAGUGGCGCAUCCAACCCUUCCGAUGGGGAAAUUCGGAAAACAGUACAUGCCAAUGGCCUGCAAACCUCCCCUCUGCAACCCGUAUCACAUGAACUUUGCACUGGGAGUGAGUUGUCUUCUGAUCAUUCGGUUGCUGAAGAUCCACAGUUAAGAUCGAACACGAAUUUGGAGGAUCGGACGGAUUGGAAGGAGAUAUCGACGUGGCAGUUCCGAUGUCGAAAGGAAUCGCCUACAGAUUCCCAUUCUCUGGAAACGUGUACUACAGUCAGUUGCCAAUGCAAAACCAUUUCAUUUUGGGUUACAUUUUCAGGUUACGACAAUAUGACUGUUCAUUACGGUCAGAAUCUGUCUCCAGUGGACCCGUUCACCAGUUUAUUCGACUAUCAGAAGCAUCGAGAUCCGGCACUUGCAAUUCCACGACGUUGGCCGAGAAGUAUUCGAGAGCCACCCAGUCAAACACCAGAAAUGAAUCCACUGCAAAUGCAGAUGGGCGGUCCCCAAAUGUUCGGACUUCCGUACCAAAUGGCCAUGAUGCCUAUCAUGAACACUGUAAAGAACCCGUACAUUUAA